AUGUUCGCGCAUCACCUCGGUGUCAUGCGCGAGGCGUGGAUUACCCUUCGAAGAGAUCAAAAUCCUAACGACUUUCAUAUUCAGCCGGAGUCUUCGCGUCUGCUAGACGAUGAUCCCUAUCAGGCCGGGUAUGGCUACGGGGCGCUCAAUCAUGCGCAACAACAGAACCAACCAGAUCCGGAAUAUGUGAGACGUGAAAGAGAGGCGCUGGAUGCCAUCUGCCAGCGAACAUCCGAUUCCGUCAUCGAUAUCUGGUCCCUUCAACCACAGCCCCAUCUCCAACCUCAAGCUACUCUCCAAAAAUCUCCAAAGACAGACCAGACCCAACAGCCUGUCACAGUAUCUGAAGGUCAGACCAGUCGUCCUACCUCUGAUGGGGCUGUACCUAAGCACUGGGGUGAAGUCGUCGUCAACCCAAAACGGUCCCGUCCUGAUAUGAAGGCGAGAACACCAGCCCAAGAUGUCUUUGGAGUUCUGAAGGUCAACUGA